AUGAACAACGAGGACUAUGGAUAUGACUACGACUACCUUUUCAAAAUCGUCCUGAUUGGGGAUUCGGGCGUUGGAAAAUCGAACUUACUAUCGAGGUUCACCACCAAUGAGUUCAACAUGGAGUCAAAGUCCACUAUUGGAGUUGAAUUUGCUACCAGAACAAUUGAAGUGGAAGGCAAGAAGAUCAAAGCUCAAAUCUGGGAUACCGCUGGCCAGGAGCGGUACCGCGCAAUCACUUCUGCUUAUUACAGGGGUGCCGUGGGUGCGCUGAUUGUCUACGAUAUUAGCAAGUCCAGCAGUUAUGAGAACUGCAAUCAUUGGCUGACAGAAUUACGCGAGAAUGCAGAUGAAAACGUAGCUGUUGGUCUGAUCGGUAAUAAGUCUGAUUUGGGACAUCUCCGGGCAGUACCCACUGAUGAGGCCAAAAACUUCGCGCAGGAAAACCAACUCCUCUUCACAGAGACCAGUGCCCUUAACAGCGAAAACGUAGAUCAAGCCUUCCGCGAGCUGAUCACCGCUAUAUACCAAAUGGUCAGUAAGCAUCAGGUCGAUAUGAAUGAGUACGGAAAUAACGCGGGACAGGUUCCUAAGGGCCCUACAAUUAGUUUGACACCAGCGCCUGCCAAGAAGAGUAAGAGCUCUAACAAUUGCUGUUGA